AUGCUCGGCGAACUACCUGGCGAUGUGUUGCAGUGCAUCGCAGACUGGCUAGAUAGUGAGGAUCUGAACAAUCUGGCGAGGACAAGCACUCAUCUCUAUCGAUACAUCAACCCCUUCCUGUAUCACUGGGACAUGCAUCAUCCUUACCCACAGGCAUUAAUCUGGGCUGCAGGCAAUGCACAAGAGAUAACAGCUCGAAUGUCACUAUCAAAAUUACGCACGCCAGAAUCAUUCAGAUCUGCACAAAUUGCUUUAUCGAAAGCAGCUGAGUUAGGGCAUGAGGAUAUUGUGAGACUCAUCCUUUCCACGGAGGGCAUCAAGCCUGACGUCAGAGGAUCAUGGAACGCCCAACUCUCUUGGGACGCCCCACUCUACUGCGCAGCGGCGAAAGGGCAAGAAGGUAUAGUGAGAAUGCUACUCAACUUGAAGGACGUCAACCCCGACCAGGAAGGCGACUGGGGUGAAACACCGUUGCGCGCGGCAGCAGAAUCUGGGCACCUAGAUGUAGUCAAGUUGCUUCUUGCUACCAAGCGAGUAAAUCCGAAUUAUCAAUGCUUUCAUGGAAAAACCCCGUUACUCAAAGCAGCAGCAGGAAACCAUCAGGAAACGGUGAUGUUACUACUUGCGACUGAAGGGGUUGAUCCUCAUUUACGGGAUCAAUAUGGCGUAUCUAUCCUGUCAUUGGCGGCAAAACAUGGCCAUGAAGAGGUGGUUAGAAUUCUGCUUGCUACACAGGGUGUCCAUCCAGAUUUAAGAGACUUGUACAACGUGAGUCCAUUGGCUGAAGCGGCACGUGCUGGAGAAGUAAAAAUAGUCACCAUGCUGCUCAACACAGGAAGGGUGGACCCUAACUCUUCCUCCAGUACUGGAGAGACCCCACUUUCUCGAGCAGCAGAGCGUGGUGAUGCGUCAAUCGUCAAGUUACUUAUUACUGCAGGUGCAGACAUUCAUAUGGAAAAUGAUUAUGGAUCAGGACCACUCCUACGCGCUGCUGGAUCCGGAGAUUUGGAAACCGUUGAAGCGCUUAUAGCUGCCGGUGCGGAUGUUAACACCCAGGAUAGCCAUGAAGAUACAGCACUCAUGUAUGCUGCGAAAUCUGGAAACGUGGAAGUUGUCAAAGCGCUUCUCGCUGCAGGUGCAGAAUUCCAUAUCCGCAAUGUAGAGGGAGCAACGCCACUUUUCUGCGCUGUACGGGGAAGAAAAUCGGAAAUGGUCAAAUUUCUUAUUUCUGCGGGUGCAGAUGUUAACUUCCCGUCUCAGCUUGGGAGAACAGCCCUCACUAUGGCUUGUGAUGGUCUAUAUCAUGCGGAGACAGUCGUGGAGAUAGUUGAAGCGCUUAUUGCCGCAGGAGCAGCACUUGACACACAAGACCAGAGACAUGGAAACACGGCCCUUGCAAUCGCGACCGUGUGCGGGGCCUUGGAAGAGGUGAGCAUGCUGCUUUCUGCAGGCGCCACGCCUGAUAUUGCGGACGAUGCAGGAGACACUCCUCUGUUAAAGGCGUCAGCAUUGGGUGAUUCGAAAAUGGUAAAGCUUCUACUCAAAGGAGGAGCAAACCCAAGCAUUCCCGGUUAUGAUGGACGAACGCCUCUCCACAACAUAGCAUGGAGGCGUCGGAUGGACCAGGUCGAACUGUUCAGAGUCUCUCUUGAUGCAGGUGCGAAUGUCGAUGUGCAAUGCAGGGAUGGUUCGACGCCGUUAGCGAUGGCAUUAGGACGCUGUAGUCCGGAGGCGGUGAAGUUUUUACUUUCAGCGGGGGCAGACCCGAACCGUGGGCAUUAUAAUGGGCUUCCACCCCUACCAUGUGCAGCGGUUCGUGGCGACAUGGAGAUUGUGAGAAUUCUUCUUGCCGCAGAAGGAAUCAAUCCGCAUUUGCAGGAUAAGAAUGGGAAGUCAGCGCUGGCGCUAGCCCAAGAAAAUGGUCAUACAGAUGUGGCUGAGCUUAUAAGGCAGCACAUUGAGCGUAUGGAGCAUGCCCCUUGA